UCUGAGAUGUUUACUGUAGCCCACUACAUUUAAUCUCGUAUUUAUAGACGUAGAGAACUCUUAAAAUAACGUUUACUGUCGGGGAUGACGGGUGUGCAGAACUGCACUCCGAAGCGACCGGGUGUCGGAGUGGGUGUUCUUGUAACCGAUGUUAAGAAUGCAAAUUGUGUACUCUUGGGUAAACGAAAAAGCAUGGUUGGCAAAGGUUGUUAUCAGUUACCUGGAGGCCAUUUAGAGUUUGGGGAGACAUGGGAAGAGUGUGCGGCAAGAGAGGUGAUGGAGGAGGCGGGCUUGCACCUGAAGAACGUCCGCUUCGCAUCGGUGGUGAACUCCAUCAAGUUGGAGGAAAACUACCACUAUGUCACCAUCAUUAUGCAGGGCGAGUUGGACAGGAGCCUCUCGGAUGAACCCGUGAAUUUGGAACCUGAGAAAAAUGAAGGAUGGACCUGGACCAGAUGGGAUGACUUUCCUCCAGAGAACCAGCUGUUUCUGCCUCUGGCUUGCUUGAGACAACAGGGCUUUCAGCCAUUCAGAGACGGCACAACCAAAGAGCCUGUAAGUUUAUAGCAAAUGAAAAAAUAAAGGACUGGAUAUGACCUGCGAUGACUCCAUGAAUACAACAGCGAAGACUACUCAAAGUUUUCUUUUUUACAAGGUAGGAAAGAAUAUAAUACAGAACUAUUUGCAAUUUAUUAAGUUAAACUAAGGCAAGGGAUA